AUGGACAGCAGGAUCAGACCUCUCGGUGGCUUGCAGGUGCCUCCUUCCCUCCUGCGUCCUCCGCAUCUCUUCCUCCGAGCUUGCAACCCGGUUCUGGAGAGGGGAUACCCACGCACCCCGAAGUGCGCCAGGUGCAGAAACCACGGUGUGGUGUCCGCACUGAAGGGCCACAAGCGCUUCUGUCGCUGGAGGGACUGCGUGUGCGCAAAGUGCACCCUGAUAGCGGAGAGGCAGCGGGUGAUGGCUGCUCAGGUGGCUCUGAGGAGGCAGCAGGCUCAGGAGGAGAGCGAGGCCCGGGAGCUUCGGCUCAUGUAUCCCGGGUCAGGUAUGGUUGGGGACCAGGUGUGCUCCGGAGGCCCAGGGCUGCCAGCGGCUACCAGCAACACCCCGACAGCUCCAGGGUUUGAUGUUUUUGGAGCAGAGAGCCACAAAGAUGAUGACAAACUGAGCAAGUACAACUUUUAUAACGGAUUCAUGGGCCGACCAUUCUUUGCCCCCCACAUCGCACGGCUGCCCUCUCCAAAUGACAAGAAGGAUCUGUCUCCAAACGAGGACAGCACCGCUCCUCCGUUCAAUGAUGACAGCACCAGUCCAUCCCCAGACCACAUAGAGAGUCCACAGAGGUCGCUUUCCUCCUCGGAUCCGGAGUCAGGCAGCGAGUCGGAGAAACCCAAAGACUACCGGCUCCUGAACCGGGACCCCACUGACAUAAUGGCCAAGAUCUUCCCCCAUCAGAAACGGGACACCCUGGAGUCUAUGGUGAGGACGUGCAAAGGUGACAUUGUCAGAUCCAUUGAGCUGAUGCUGGGCUCCAAAGAGAACAAGAUUGACUCUGAUAGUUUCGCUCUGUCUAGUCACCCAAACGCGCUCAGGCAUUCUGUUGGGUUGCCUGGAGCUCUUGGUGCUCCGGGGAACAAGUCUGCCUUCUCCCCGCUCCACAUGCCACCGCCGGCCGCCGGGGGUGACGGCAUGUACGGGCUGAACCCCCGGCUCGGCGUCAGCUCAUUGAGGCUGGCUUAUUCCUCUGCAAACGGUGGAAUGGCUGGUUUUAUGUCACCAUACAUGACAUCCGGACUGAUGCCAGUGUUCCCACUGCGUCCACCCAUGGACUCCUAUUCCUUCCCGGGCAUGAUCCGAGACCUUUCUUACCUUCAGAGCAAGGAGGCACUAUGCAGCAGUGCAGGGCUUUACACGAGACUUAACAGUGAAAAAUGA